AUGUAUCUUCUACAAGGCGCUCGAGAAUUCGACAAGGGCAGCGCAUACAGCUUAGCAGAUUUCCUGAUGCUGCUUAACCGCGACAACGUAUUGAUUGAUACCAGUUCAACAGACGACACUGAAAUGCAAGCUCUGGAACUUGCAUCUUCACUGCUCCCAUAUUACAAGGAUCUCGAUGCUAAGGAUGCAGAUGGGUACACGAUGUUAAGCUACACCGCAAGAUCGGGAAACACUGAAAUGACGGAUCUCUUACUUAAGAUGGGUGCAGAAGAAAUCAUUCCCAACUAUAAGGCUAUCUCUGAAGUUGGAGGUGAUGAAAUGGAUGAGGAGGACUCAGAUUCUGAGGGCAGGGAAGAAUUGGAGACCGCGUGGGAUGCUACGCGAUUAAUAAUUGAUGAGUGGGUUGGGCCAUGGACUGCUGAAAAUUAUGGAAAAUAUAUGAACUCAUUGGAGAGAUACGGUAGAGUGGUUAUUACUCGAUCUAGAGAUGGAAGCGAAUCCGAUGAAAUCUUCUGGGAUAUUAUUACUAAUUAA